GAGUCAUUAGAUCGAGUCAGUAGGUUUGUGAGUCAGGGGUCAUAGUCUACGUGGUGAGGUUUGAAAGCACUAAUCCGGUUGUGCACUUUUCACCAUGGUUGAGACCCGCAGUGGGAAGGACACUAACCCCUACACCAAGGAGCAGCAAGAGAAGAUGGCCACCUUAGUUAAAGAAAAUAGGGAGAGGAAAGAGCGCGACAAGCACGUGAAGUUGAAGGAAUUGGAGGAGGAGAUGGAGAAAAAGAAGAAGGCUGGUGAAGAAGAAGCGGCAGCAGAAGAAGAAAAAGAGAGAAUGAGAAUUGAGAGCGGAGAAGGGAGUACACGAUGAAGAGGGAGAUAGAUUUAGAGAUCGAGAAGAAGAUCAGUGAGUGGGUCGCUAAUUUAUCGUUGGGAGAAGAGGAGGAGGCAGAGGAUGAGAGGGCUGCGCUAGCCAGCGAGCUAGCAACAAUGACAGAUCCUAUGGAAAGGCGAGAAAGAGAGGAGGAGCAGAAGUUGGCCUGGAAGCUGAGGAUGAAGAGGGAGAAGAAGAGGAGGAGAGAGGAAAUGAGCAAAAUGACCGCAGAGGUAGCAAAGGUGCAGGCGUGCAGGCAGGAGGUGUUGACCCAGCCGGAUGACAAGGCCAAGUGGGAUAAGGUACUGGGGUACCUAGAGGUGUUGAGCAAAGCCUGGAUGGAGGAGCACCAGGCCAGUUGGAGUCAAGACGUAGCGUUGAGUGCCAUGCGGUAGGGGUUCAGAGACUUUGUGCGCGAGAUCGUCACCCACAUUGGGGGCAAAGUAAAGCAGUUGAGAGACA